GCUUAUGGUCUUGCAGGCGAAGCUCUACGUGGUGCUUUGUGAUGCAAUUCGGAUCCCUUCCUGGGUCCAAGUUGCCUUUGCCAUCUGGUGCAGCUACUCUGGUCCGCUCUUCUGGGGAGACACCUGCAGCAAGAGUGUGAGUCCGGGUCUGACCUUUGGAUUGACUUGGCUCCUGGACGGCUGCUGGGUUUGGAUCCGCUGGGUCGAGUGGUAUGCAGCAUUUUACGUGUUCUGCCUCCAUUAUCUGCGGCCCAUCGUCCAGUGGAUGUCCAAAGUUGUGCCCCACGGGCCAGUCUGGGCCGCCUCCGCCACAGCUAGCAGCAUGCUGAUGGGCAUGGCGAUGGCAAUGUACCACUAUCCCAACGAGAU